AUGGACCGACAGAUGUGGAUGGACCUGAUAACGGCAUCCAUAUUCCAGCGGCUGGUCAGGGCUUGUGAACAUGACUUACGAAAUACGGUUGAUACAACAGGGUCUACUGAAGUCGUCGGAAAAACGGUUAAACGUAUAGCCGCCGCGCUUACAUCAUGCAGCCUUCGCAGAUUUCUUCAAGUCGGCCCGCCGUGGAUUUGGACCAUAUAUUCUGGACCCGUGCUCAAUUUUACGGUGCGAUGGCCGCUAAGCGGUUAA